AUGACGGAGACGAUAUUGUUGAAGCAUCCUUUGCUAGGGAGCAUCGUUGGACGAAGAAAAGGGCAAGUGGCUCAAUUCUUGGGCAUCAAGUAUGGCUCGUUAAAGCAUCGAUUUGCCACAUCUGAAGUCGCAAUUCCUGGGAACUCUGACCCUUUCACGACUGCCACAAAUUAUGGCCCUCCUGUGGUCUCGCCGCCUGAAUCUUGCGAUAUGGAAAUGAGCUUCAUUCAGCAGAGCUUAGAAAAGCCUACGAUACCGCCCAUGUCGGAUCUCGAAGGUCUGAACUUGAAUAUUACACUUCCCCUAGUCGAUGGGCAACUACCAUCACUUCAUACAAAUCGCGGACUUCCGGUUCUCGUCUACGUACAUGGAGGGGGCUUUUUCUUCGGAUCUAACUCCUACCCGCACUAUGACCAGGCUCGCAUUGCUGAGCAAGGGAUGCGAGAUGGCUGCCCUUUCAUUGCCAUGAAUAUAAAUUAUCGUUUGGGAGCUCCUGGAUUUCUUACUUCGAGAGAAAUCCGCAACGCCGGGUGCCCAACCAACAACGGUCUUAGAGACCAACAAACCGCUUUCAGAUGGGUCAAGAAGUAUAUCUCAGGUUUUGGAGGUGAUCCUGAUGCUAUCACGGCAAUUGGACAAAGCGCUGGUGCGGCAUCUUUGACGUACCAUCUUCAUUCUCCGGAGCCGUUUUUCAAUCGAUGCGUCCUGCUGGCCGGUACCUCACUCAUGAUGAGACCAGUAGAUGCCGACACAGCUGAGUCUGUUUAUGAAGUCGUUCUAAAGGCCCUCGGACUCGAUCAACUUGCUCCACAGGAUCGUUUCGAUGCCCUCCUCAAGACAGAUUUUACAGAAUUUGUACAGAAAUUGGGACCAAUUCCGGCGCUUUGUCCGGUCGUGGAUCACGACUUGAUUCCAGGUGUUCCAAGUUUCGACCGUAUUGCGAACGACGGCGACUUGCCUCUUCCUGGGAGAAAGUGGUGCCAAAGCUUGAUGUCUGUUGAUUGUGAGUGCGAUGGAAGUAUUUUCGCUCUGGUGAACCUCAAUCCAAGAGAAAGGGGAAUCCGCAAAGCUUUUCAAGACUCUAUCCGGUCGAGUCUGGGUGAAAACAGAAGUAAAGCUCUGAUUGACUUCUACAAGAUUACCGACGGAACACCUGAUUCCACGGCCCUUCGUUUGAUUACCGAUUUUAUUAGUGAUGUAAUGUUCUUUGCCCCUUCUAUUGCCUUUGCUAAUGCCUGGGACAUGUCUUUUGUGGGCCAUUUCAAUGAAGGGAAUCCAUGGGAAGGGCUAUAUCAAGACCGCGCGAACCAUAUGCUGGACAUUGCAUACUUAUGGCAGAAUUUUAACGACAAAUUCACCCUACAACAAGAAGCUGUCUCUACCACCUUCGCCAGAGACGUGGUAGCAUUCACUGCUAGCCUGGAUAGGCUGCCACCUUUCAAGUCUGAGAGGAAAGUGACUGUGUACGGGCCCAGUAGGGCAGGGAUUACCUCAGAUGUGAAAGAUGUCGACGAUGAGGCGACAGGGAGGAAGUACAAAAAGUUUUUUAAAAUGGCGGAUGAGGUUGGAGGUCUGGACGCAGUGCUGGAUGCAGCCGGGACUUUCCUCAUGGGCUAA